CAAAUUCCUUACACAUUAAAUCUACAAAAUACAUGUUGUGCUAUAUUCCCCAUAGCUGUACAAUUUAACAGGCUUUCAUUUACAUACCGGAUGUACAUGAUGUAGCCAAUGUGUGCAAAUCAAUGUCAUAAAAAAAGUUAGUGACAAGUAAGUAUGUAAUUAGCAAGUAUGCAAAUAACUGCAGUCUCUCGCUACAUGUAUGCAUUUCGGGCAACACUGUGGGUUUACUGUAUCUAUAGCUACUGUCACAAUGCCACCAGGUGGUCAUUUGUAGACCUGCCUAAGUAUUUAAGAUUACUAAGUAUUAAUGGGGUCUAUUCCGUGCAAGCAAUCAGAACAUGCAGCACCCGAGGCGAUAUCGGAAAACUCUCCAGAGAAAACCGACGAUCUCUCCAAACCGGGGGCACUGACAGUCCCUAAAAUCAUCAUCACACCGCCAUCCACCGAGGAUCUCCUGGAUUCAUCGAAAAGCGCGCAACCCAAAUCCUUAGCACUGGUCCCUGACCCCGUGCCUCCUCGCCAGCGACAGUCCCAAUAAUAAAUUGAAAACUAACGAACAAAUAAGGUCUGGACGGAGCGAACCGGGUCGAUCAUGUCGGAGUUCACUGAAAAGGAGCAACAACACCCGAUCAGACUAAGAUCUAUAAAAAACGAACAGAUAUUUACAGUCCCCGAGAAGGAUCGGCUUGGGAACUGCAGGAGUGUAAAGGAGUUUGAGAAGCUAAACCGAAUCGGAGAAGGGACCUAUGGAAUCGUCUAUCGAGCACGGGACACAAAAAGCGAUGAGAUUGUUGCCCUAAAGAAAGUGCGAAUGGACAAGGAGAAAGAUGGAAUCCCCAUCAGCAGUCUCAGAGAGAUAAACCUGCUGCUCAAAUUGAGGCACCCCAAUAUUGUGGAGCUGAAGGAGGUGGUAGUAGGAAAUCACCUGGAAAGUAUUUUUCUGGUGAUGGGAUACUGUGAACAAGACCUUGCCAGCCUUUUAGAAAAUAUGCAGUCACCAUUCUCAGAGGCUCAGGUGAAGUGUAUCAUUCUACAACUUUUAAAGGGACUCCAUUACUUGCAUGAAAACUUCAUUGUGCACAGGGAUCUUAAAGUGUCCAACUUGCUAAUGACUGACAAAGGCUGUGUAAAGAUCGCUGAUUUCGGACUGGCCAGAGCCUACGGUGUGCCUCUGAAACCGAUGACCCCGAAGGUGGUUACAUUGUGGUACAGAGCCCCUGAACUUCUGUUGGGAACAAAAACACAAACCACCGCUAUAGAUAUGUGGGCAGUGGGAUGCAUCCUGGCUGAAUUACUGGCCCAUAAGCCUUUGCUUCCUGGAGGUUCAGAGAUUCAGCAGAUUGACCUAAUAAUUCAGUUGCUGGGGGCACCCAAUGAGAACAUAUGGCCGGGUUUCUCUAAGCUCCCACUGGCUGGUCAGUACUCACUAAGGAAACAACCCUACAACAACCUCAAAAACAAGUUCACAUGGCUAUCCGAGGCAGGACUCCGACUGCUCAAUUUCCUCUUUAUGUACAACCCCAAGCGGAGGGCCACUGCAGAGGACUGUUUAGAGAGUUCCUACUUCAAAGAAAAACCCCUGCCCUGUGAACCAGAACUGAUGCCUACCUUCCCUCACCAUCGGAACAAGCGAGCUGCGGGGGGCUCCGAGAUCCAAUCAAAACGCAUCAAGGUCUGAUCCCAGGAAACGACCCUCUGGCAGGUGGCAGUCGUAGUAGCAGCAUGUGAUCCUCUACGUGGUUUAAAUAAUACAAUUAUCCCUUCUCAGAACAGAUUUGGGGACACUGUUGAUUCUUUUGCUUGUUGAACCUAGAAUGUGUCAGUGGAGGUUUAAACAUUAUUGGUACCAGUAUCAAAAAACUUCUGUGCAUUGAUUUAUAUUGUGACGUUAAUUCUAGGAUAUUCCUAGUUCAAUAUUACAAAGAAUUUCAUACUGAUUUCACAAGUAAAUAUGGGGCUCCAAAGUUGAGUUAACAUGUGUUCUCUAAAUCUGCCUUUACAUGGCUUUGAGCUUGGCUGGGAAUAAACAGACUCCCGCAUUGCAUGUAAAUCGUCUGCCAGUCCACCUUUUUAUAUAGCCAAACAAAACUAAGAAGAUAUGGCUUACAUCAGUGUUCAGUAUGCUUCUGUCUUUCAGUAUUUGUGUGAGCACAUUGGGUUUCCAAACAGGAAGAGGAGACUGGUACACUGUAGUUUACCAGUCCCACUGCAUUCCAGCUUCUUAUGGGCAUGAAAAAAAAAAAAAAGCUAGAAAUCUAGAUCUGAUCAGAGACACCAAACAGAUACUUGUACAAUGUUUUUACCUUCUUUGUGUGUAUUUACAUCCCUCUUGCAGACGUUUGAAACAUUUUGGAAUAUAGAACCUACAGUAGCUUUUUUUUGUAUUCCUCAUCAUUUCAGUAGAUUUGAUUUAAUUGUGUUCUGUGAAAUAUAAAACCUGGGGCAAAGGAAUUUUGUGAUGUUACUGGACACCCCAACAAACUUACAUUUUCAAAACCUCAGAAAGAAGUCUACUGUAAAGGGUUACCAUAAAAACGCAAAAUCAGUGUGAUACAUUCCAAGAACCAACUUUAUUGAGAUUGCUAUAGUAUUGCUUACAGUGUCAUAAUAAAUGUAACUUUGAAACAGAAAGUAGCAAAUACAAUAUGCAUGUACUGUAUUAAAUCAGAUACUGCUAAAAGUAUAUUUUUGUAUAUUUACUUUGGGUCUUGUAAAUAAAGCAAUUUUUAGACAAAA